AUGAGCGGCGCUCCCAGCGGCGAUGCGGGCCCCUCGGAGCCUGCGGGGCCCGGCCCGAAGGUCGAGGCCGCGCGCUUCAUCCGGGACGAAGUUCCGCAGAAGCCGCUCGAGCCCGCGGAGGCCAGGGCCGCGCAGGGCCAGACAGCGGAGUGGAGAGACCAACUCAACGCCGAGCCCCUCUUCACACGCACGCUAGGGAAGCGGGCGCCGCACGCGCCGGACGAUGACGCGCAGGAGGAUGCAGCGCAGACCUCGAGGGAGGCUGCGAAGGGAUCCCCGCACCGCCUCCUCGCGGCGCGCCCGGCGGCCGAGGAGUCCCUGAUGGUGCGCACGGCCCGGGACGAGGAGGAGGGCUCGGAGCACCCAGUCUACUCGAUGGCCGACCACCCCCUCAGGGACAUCCGGGACGCGGCGCCGGACGGCGGACAGGCCGUGGUGCAGGACGACGGCUUCAGGCCGGACGCGGUGCUGCAGCGCCUGGACUCGGCGCUCGGGCAGGGCGCGGUGAACGAGACUAUGGACAUUCCGCUCGACUUCGUGACAACGAACCGCGGAGGCUCCGUGUUUCCGAUGGGUUACUUCGGGCGGCGCGGAGAGGACGCGAUCCGCCGCACGAUGGGCCAGCUCCGGCACAAGAUGACCGCGAUCGGCGACCAGGUUGGCGGCCUCCUGCAGGACGCGCGCCACGAGGCCACGGCGCGCGCCCGGCGCGACAAAAUCGCCAUGGAGGCGCUCGGCGCGAUGCUCGACCGCACGCAGGGCAUGUACGUCGACUUCCGCACCGACAUGCGCGCCAGCGGGCCCCGCGAAGUGUCGGUGUCCAAGCGCCCCGCGCCCGGCCCGCUCGGGGCCGUCUCGCGCGGCGUCGCGGCCGCGCUCGGCGGCACCGCCGCGCCCGGGGAGCGCGUUACCCACCACGAGUUCGCCGGAACGCUCCGGAGCGAGGGGGCGCAGCAGAAGCGCCCGCGCCGGCUCGAUCCGCUCGCCGGGGAGACGACUGCGCUCACCGUCGUGCGCGAGGGCCAGGCGCCCGGCCGGCCGACCAGCGCGGGCGGCGCGCACGCGGCGAUGGUAUCCUCGAUGCCGCCCGCGACGGACGCGGGGCGCCCCGGGUCGGCGCAGGGCGGCCGAGGCGCCCACGCGCACUCGCACGUCGACCGCUUGCACUGGGUGCGCGCGCUGGUGAGCGCGUCGGACCAGCCGCUGCGUUCGAGCGUCGGCGGCCGCAGCAUGUCCACCGCGAAGUCUGCGACCACGAAGCAGCUCGGGUCGAUGGCGAUUGGGCAAGCCCGGUCCAUGCCGCAGGACCAGGCCGUGCCGUCCGCGGUGCGCAUGGCCGGGAUGCAGCGCGGGCCGGCCGCGCAGCCGGCGCAGCGGGACGGCGCGGUCGCGCUCGGCGCGUGGCUGUCGGACAUCAUGGACGCGAUGCAGCUCAAGGUCCACCGCAAGUGGUCGGCAGCGGCCGACACCCCCCCGGGGGUGUCCGUGGACGCCGCGCCCGAGACGCCGCUGAUCGACGCGGCGGACGGCGUGCUCUACGUGUACUCGAUCGCCGCGGACGAGCUCCGGCGGCAGGUGACGUCGGAGUGUCGGGAGCGGGGGGAUCUCAUGGGGGCACUCUGGGACCACACCUUCCGUCUGACGGAGCUCCGGGCCGCGAUCCGGCACCAGGCGCAGAUCGAGGCGCUCACGCAGGACUGUCGCCGGCGGCAGGCGGAGAUCGACCGUUUGCAGGAGCUCCUGAAGGCGGCCGACAGUGUCCAGGAGUCGACGCGGGGGGACCACGACCACCAGGUGCACCAGAUGAUCACGGAGAACAGGAACAUCGCGGCGAAGUACGUGGCGGAGAAGGGGCGCGCGAAGGGGCUCCAGGAGGACCUGGAUGCGACGGAGGCGCGGCUGAAGGACGAGAUUGCACGGCGGCUGAAGGUCGAGGGGGUGUUGGCCGGGUAUGACAGGAAGGUGGCGCGCGCGGAGGACGCGGCGGCGGACCUGCGGGAGAAGCUCGCGGCGUCGGAGGCGCGCGCGAGCGACCUGGACGGGUCGCUGGACAAGUUGCGCUUCGAAUUCGAGGAACUGUCGAUCAAGUUCACUGCGGCGAGCGAGGACCUCGCGGACACGAAGGAGGAGCUCGCGAAGCAGCUGGAGAACCUGCGCGUGCAGCGGGACAUGGCGGUGCGCGUGCAGCGGGACUUGGUGACGCGCGACGGCGAGCUAGCGAUGACCAAGGACCACCUGCUCAAGGAGCGCGACCUGCACAAGGAGACGAUGGCCGCGGUGGAGGCCGCCACCAAGGCGGUGCAAUCAGCAAAGGACGAAUCCUCCUCCCUCGGCGCGCAGCUCCAGAAGGAGAUCGCGAACGCCCGCGAGAAGGACCAAAUGCUGGAGCGCAUGCGCGAGGAGCUCGAGCGGCGCGACAACGUCGCCAAGGAGCGCCGUGCGCAGCACAACCAGGACAUUGCGGAGAUGCAAGUCCUAGUGGACCGAGAGAGGUCGCGCGCGGACGGCGCCGAGUCCCUCGUGCGCGACCUCGACCAGAAGCGCCGGCUCCUGGAGUCGGACCUCGACGUGGCGCACCGCGAGCUCGAGAAGGAGCGCACGGAGGUGGCGCAUUUGAGAGGGCAGUGCCGGCGGCUUCUGGAGACGCUCAACGUCGAGGCGUCGUCGGUGGAGUCGGUGCAGCAGGCGCUACACAUGCUGGACCGCGACUGGGCGUUCUACAAGGUCCACUCGAAGUCGCAUAUGACUCUCCAGGCAGCGAUGAAUGCGACUCAAUGGUUUAAUAAGAACUUGUCGGAGCUGAGGACCGAGGCGGCGCAGUGGCGGUCGGCGGCGCAGGAGUCGGGGGCGCGUGCGGAGACGGCGGAGAACGAGGUCCUGGACGCGAAGACGAAGGCGGAGAAGUCGGCCCGGGAGCGCGACCUGAUGAAGAAGCAGCACGACAAGAUGGCAGACGAGUGGAACAGCCUGCGGUCGCAGAUCGACUCGCUGCGGCGGCAGGUCGACGGGCUCACGCUGCAGCUGACGGAGACGCGCAGCAACUUCGGGCGCAAGGCGCGGGAGGUCGAGAAGCUCAACGCGCAGCUUGCAACGUACAAGGAGUCGGACUCGACGCUCAAGGGGAUGCUUGCGGAGGAGGGCGUGGAGGGGGUGUCCGGGGUGGAGGACGUGGUGUCGUACGUGACGACGGUGACGAAGGAGUGCAAGCAGAUGCACCUGCAGCUCGAGGAGAAGAACAUUGCCAUUGUCAACAACACGCGCGUCGCCGCGCAGCUGCAGUCGCAGAUCCACGAGCUCAACGGCGAGAUAGGGGACCUCCGCAUGUCCAACUACGAGCUCCAGCUCGAACUCACGCCGCUGCGCCACGAACGCGACCUCAUGGCGGCGGCGGCGUCUGGGCUGCUGCAGAAGAACAAGGCGCUCGUGACGGCGACGACGAAGGCGUGCAGCUCGCUGCGGAUGGCGCAGACGCUGCUGCAGUCGUCCGGGAUCAUGGGCGCGCUCACGGGCACGCAGGUGUCGGUGGUGCUGCCGAACGCCAUGCUUGCGCCGCCGCAGCUGCACCAGGUGAAUCCGCACGGCGUCGUGGCGACGGGGACCGCGGAGGGCGAGGCGCUCGCGAUGCACAUGGUGCGGCGCUUCCGCGGAGGCGAGCCCAUGCCGGAGAAGCUCUUCCAAGAUACCCUGGAGGCUAUGGGAUUGGGCUCCGAAGACAAGGGCUUGCAGUUCGGGCCCGACGGCGCGCUUGACGUGCUCCUGAUUCCGUCGCGGCCCGGGAGCCCCGAGAUCAAGAUGACCGUCGACUUCGACCCGAACACGCCCAUGGCGCCCGCGGACGAGAUCCUGCGGCUGGACCACAAUGACGGCACCGACAUGCCACGCCGGCGCGUGCAGGACGAACUGCGCCGCUUCGCCGACCUCGACGAAGCCAACGCCGAGCUCGAGCGUCUCCGCGCGCGCGAGGAGCAGCACUCGGCCCGCGGCACCCUCGCCGCGCAGCUUGCGCAGCAAUUCAACGCCGCCGAGCGCACCGUGGACCGCGACGCCGCCUGGAAGCGCAUCGAGCUCAUGAUGCUCGAGCACGUCAACGACCGCAUGAUGGCGAUCGCGGAGCGCGAGGAGCGCUGCGCGGGACCGAACGCGCGGCACAAGGAGGCCGGGGCGCUGGUCGCGGAGUACGAACAACUCCGCAUCGACUCGCAAGAGAUUCGACAGAUCCUCGAGACGGACUGUUCGGAGGAGGAGGCGCAGGAGGCGCAGGCGCUCAUCGAGCAGGCGCACGAGCGCAUGACGGCGAUCACGAAGCAAGUCGCGGAGAUCUGCGCCGCGGACCGGGCGCACCUCGCGGAGCUCGAAAACGCGGUGCAGCGCGCCGCGGAGGACCUCUCGACGAAGCGAUCGAUGAUCUCUCUCGUCCAGGAGGACCGCGCGCGCGCGGAGCAGUCCGGAAUGCACGCCGACGUCCGGCGCCUCGAGGGUGAGAUCCGCGUGCACCAAAAGACCUUUGAGCCGGCGCGGCGGAGGGCCGCGGUGCUGGGGUCGCUCGUGCGGCACGCGCGGUGGCUGCUCGCGAUGCACGAGGCCGAGGUUUCGCGCGGCACGGAGUUCCGCGUGCAUUUGUUGGGGGUGGAGCUCUCGAACCUGCAGGUCGGACGGGACCUGAACGAGGCGCCGUCGGAGCGGGAGACCGAGGUCGCGGCGGCGCUCGGGGCCGCGGAGGAGGAGCUCAACUUCGCGCGGACGCGGCUCGCGGAGACGGAGAAGGCGAUUGAGGCCGGAAUGAAGGACCUGGUGGCGGCGCGGACGCAAUCUGCGGUGGAGCUGGAGUUGACCGAGCACGACAUGCGGCCGCUGUGGGAGACGGUGAACGGGCUGCUGGUGCAGAUCAAGCACGCGAAGCGCCGCGCGGCGACCGACGAGGAGAUGGAGCACGACCACGGAGGGGACCCUUCGAAAGGGGUGUCGGCGCAGGCGGCAGAGCAGCUGGUGUCGGCGAUGCGGGCCGUGGCGGACAUGAGCGCGAAGCUCGACGGGAAGAUCGAGUGGCGCGGGCAGUCGGAGCGGGCGAUUUCGCAGGACUACACGCGCCACGCGCUGCGGCGGGCGGCGCUGGCGCGGUCAACGCUGCUGCUGAUCCAAGACAUGCAGCCGGACAUCGGGCUCGCGACGGCGUCGGCGGAGCAGCGGAUCAGGGCGGACAUGGAUCGGCUGAGGGCUGAGGCGGACCGCUGCAUCGAGCUGCAGCAGGUCGAGGACCGGAACCGCAUCAAGGAGGUGUCGACGUUGUCUGACGCGCGCCUAAAGGCGUACCAGGUCGUCCAGCGGCUCGAAGCGGCCGCGGCGACGAUCUCCCUCGAGAUGGAGACGCUCCCGACGUCGCACCCUGUCCGCAAGUCGCUCUCGCGCUCCUGGAACACGUGCUGCGGGCUCCUGACGUCGGCGCGGCGACGCGAGAGCCUCGCGACGGGGCAGCUCGUCGCGGCGCUCGACUCGGCCUCGCGCGCGUGCAACGUCUGGAUCACGCGCUGGCAACUCCAGCGGGCCGCUGCGGAGGAGGUGCUCCGGCGCGUCGCGGCGGGGCAGGCCGUCGAGGAGCUCAAAGUUGAGGGCGGGCGCGCGCAGGUCGAGAAGCGGGCCCGCGAGGCCGGCAAGCAGCAGCUGCAGUGGGUGGAACUUCAAGGCGAGGUCGCCGAGAAGCUCAAGGCCCUGAAGGAACCCCUGAAGGACCGACUCGCCAACCGCACCGACGCGCUCCGCGACGCUCACAUCGAGGUGCGCAUCGUGCGCGAUUCGAUGCGCGCGGCCAAGGCGAGCCGGUCGGUCGGAUUGGCGGCCGCAGGGAGCGAGGCGGACGGCGCGGGCGCGGACUCGCCGCGGCGGGAUGCGGCGCCGGGCGAGGAUGCGCGCAAGCAGAGGGAGAAGAUGCUGAAGAAGGGCCGCACGGUGGUGCUGCUCAACGAGGUGGAUCUGCCCGUGGCGGAGGCGAACGUGUCGUCGUUGGCCAGCACGGUGCACGCCCUGCGGGCCAUCAGCAAGCUUGUGUCUUCUAUUGAGAACAGGGUCGCCGGGUCGGACCGCCCCGCGGUGACAACGGCGCAAGACCUGGUCGAUGCGUGCCGGUUCGAGACGGCGCGUUACCAGAGGGAGCACGACGACGUGUCGGCUGUCGUGCGGCAAAUGACGGCUUCCCCCUACACACGUCGUGUCAAGCGUGACAACGCAAGCAUAUCUUCGCGCCCCUCGACUGCGGACACCACGGGCUCCGCGCGCAUGGACCGCGACAGCUUCGCCGAGCGGCCGCGCACGCCGAACUUCGGCCGCCCCGGCACCGCACAGUCCCGGGACGGCAGCAUCCGCCCUGCGAGCCGCCUGGCCCGCACCAGCGGCGACCACGACAUCCGGGACUUCCGCCCUAGCUCGUCACAGCAGAACAGGUGGCGGCCAGCGUCGCGCGAGCAGCCCCAGCAGGGACAGCGUCUCUCGGUCUCCAUCCCGGGCGGCCACGACUCGGGCGCGCUCACGGAAGGCUCCCACGCGCGCGUGGACGUGUGCAGCCUCGGGCCGUCGUCGCCCGGCGGGCUCAGCGUGCUCGCCGAGCGCGGCGCCUCGCCAGCAACGAUGCGCCAACACCAGACUGCCUUGUCCGACUACCAGCCAGUCGCACAGGUUCGACUGAUCACCAAUGUGUUCGAUUUCAUCCGCGCCGAGGUCGACACGGACCUCAACGACCUCGACAUGGACGCCCGGCGCGACCUCCGGCAGCGCGUGGUCGAGGAAUAUGGAGGACAGAAGCUCGUGACUCUGGACAGGGAGAUGCGAGACGAGCUGCUGCGCGAGGCGAUGGAGGACCCAGACCUGCUCGAGGCCGGGCUGCGGCUGCUGCAGCCGAAGAAGACGCCGUCCGGCAACAUCAAGGAGACGGCGGCGUCGCGGCGGGAGCGCGCGCGCGAGGCCGCCAAGCGCGCAGGGCACCGACGCACGGGCUCGGGGGCAGUGCAGCCCGCGUCGCCGCAGUCUGGCAUCGGCGUGGACCCGGGCGCGGAGCGCGAGUUCUCGAAGCACGAGAAGAUCGUCCAGCAGAUGAUGAAGCGGCUCAAGAAGUCGUACGAGACGGGCGCGGCGCCGGGCGUGGCGGACCUGGACGACGCGCCCCCGACCCCGGGCGCGAAGCCGCCGACUCCGAGCCAGAAGCCGGCGCUCAACCGCGCGCAGGGCAAGAGUAUCGCGGCGCCGCGCGUGCGGCCGCCGACGGACCUCCUGAAGGAGCUGGAGGAGAAGAUGUUGGCGGACGGAAGAAUGAUCGAGUCCCUGCGGAACAGGCUGUGGGAGCAGGGCGCGCAGUCGCGCGACGCGAAGGCGGCGCUGCAGGCCGAGGAGGAGAAGACGCGCGCGCUGACGAAGAAGCUGCGGUGGGUGACGGCGGGGCGCGACAUCAUGGGUGGAUGGGCCAAGGGGUUGCGCGUUCGGAUGGGGAACCUGGAGGCGCAGAACCGCGGGCUGAUCGAGGCGGUCGACGGGCUGAAGAUCGACACGCUCGAGCUGCUCAAGUCGCAGCAGGCGUCGCUGGCGCGCCGCGUGAUGCAGGAGCUGCACGUGCACAAGCGUGUGGCGGGAGAGUACCAGAAGCGGGCGCAGCAGGCCGCGGACGAGGUGUCGGUGCUGAAGGAGGCGCUGUUCCGUGCGCGCGAGCAGGAGCAGCGCAUCGAGAGCUUCAUGUCAUCCCUGGAGGGCCAGCGGCGCGCGCGCCGCGAUGCGGGCAUUCAGACGGCGCGCUCGAUGAUGGAGCAGUGGCUGCCGUGGCUCAAGGAUACGAUGGCGCGGCGCAAGGACGUGCGCAUGAUCGGGCUGAACUCGCUCCUCGAGCACAUCGCGGGGGCGUUCCUGAACCGCAUGGACCACAUCCUGGCCACGCGCGCCAACCAGCAGGAGCACGGCGCGCACGGGGCCGCGCAGCACACGCAGGAGGUCGUCGUGCCCGUGGACGCGAUGCUCGCGUACGUCGCCGCGCAGCAGAUCGACGGCGGGAUCUUCAUCCGCGGCCACACGGGCUUCAUGGCACAGUUCAUCGUGUCGGUGCACAUGAUGGCGAACAACCAUCCGCGGAUCGCGCUGUUCGCGCGGAUGCUCGGCGUCGGGGCCGAGGACGCGCCGUCGGACCCCUUGUUCGGCGACCUGACCUUCGGGUUCCUGCUCCAGGUCUUGCUGUGUAUCAAGAAGCUCAUGGGUCUGAAAUUCCGUAUCUUGGCCAAGGAGUGGCGCGCCGGGCCCGCGCACCUCCCGCACAACGUCGCCCUCGACGUGCUCGCGAAUCUGUGGAACUCGGACGACCCGACGCAGCUGGCCGUGUUCCAGCAGAGGCUGGCGCCCUCGGCGCGCGAGCGCGGCACGUCGGGCGUCACGAUCGACCUGGACAUCUUCCUCGACGCGCUCGCGAGCGCGUUCAACUCCGAAACGCUCCCGCGCGACGCGCUCUCCGAGCCCCGGCGCCUCGGCGCCGCUGCGCAGGACCGCGCAGCUCAGGCUUCGAAAAAGCCACAGGGGGCGGGAUUCCGGAAGAAGCCUGAGCAUGGCGAGAGCUCCGACUCGAUGGGCGGGGCGUCGGGCCGCCUGUCGCCGCACGCUGAGGGGCAGGAGGAAGGGGGCGACGAUCACGAGGAGGACAUGGCGCCUGCGGAGCACAUGGCGGCGCUGCAGCAGCGCGCGGCGUCGCGCGGGCGCAGCGGGCGCCCGCGACUGGUCGUGGAGCCGAUCAUCGAGGAGGGCAGCGGGGAGAUGGAGGGCGAGGAGAGCGGGAACUCGCCCGGUGGCAGGGGCGCGCCGUCGCGGGGGGGCAGCGGGCUGCGGCCGCACUACCUGCCGCAGGACGACCCGGAGGAGAUCGUGCGGCAGAGCAUCGCGCUCGCGGACGAGCAGGUUCGGGGAUCGCGGAUCGACAGUGCGGCCGAGGGCGACCGCGCGUCGCCGGCGAUGGUCCGCCGUACCCCUCCGCCGCCGAUCCCACGCAAGGCCAACAGCCGGAUGUCGCCGGAGCUCGCGGCCUCGCUGCGUGACUCGGACGGCGACCGCUCGCGCUCGCCGCUCUCGGCCGGGCGCAGCCGCGCGAUGCUGGGCGGCACGCCGUCGUUGUCGCAGGCGGGAAUGGCCAGGCUCAUGCAGGCAGAGCAGGCUGAGCGCGAGGCCGAGACCGCGCCGGCGGGCCUCGGGACUGGGGCGUCGUUCCGCGGGCGGUCGAUGCGAUCCAUGCAGUCGCUCGCGUGGCGCACUACGUCGCGCCGGGAUGGCAUUGGGGCGAUUCCUGAGGACGCGCCGUCGGCGCCGAGGACGCCAGAGGAGGAGACGGCGGCAGUGCCGAGCCUGCAGUACGUGCCGAGCAUGGCGCGGACGUUCGGGCGGAGCCGGCUGUCGAGUCUCGUGGCCGUGCGGGAGAACGAAAGGCAGGAGUGA